AUGCCUUCCAGGGACGAUAUUCGCUCCCUAUCCACUGAGCUACGCUGGAUCCCUCCUUCAACUGUUAGACGCGAUGCACUCACCCCAGAAAGCCGAAAUGAUCUCAUCUUUAGAAAGGUGCGGGGUAUUCUUAACAAGCUCACACCGGAAAAAUUCGGAAAGCUGAGCAACGACCUGCUCAACGUUGAGCUUAAUUCCCAUGUGAUUCUCAAGGGUGUUAUUUUCUUGAUCUUCGAAAAAGCACUUGAUGAACCCAAGUACAGUUCUAUGUACGCACGGCUGUGCAAACAGCUGUCUGACGAAGCCGCAAACUUUGAACCCCGUAAACCGAUCGAUGAAAGUCAAAAAGGCCAGAGCACAUUCAGAGUUCUUUUACUUAACAAGUGCGAAGACGAGUUCGAAAAUCGUUCAAAAGCAACCGGGGCAUUCGAGAAUCAAGAUGAGCUCGGUCCCGAAGAAGAAGAGCGCCGACAGGUGGCCAAGCGCAAGAUGCUUGGUAACAUCAAGUUCAUUGGGGAGCUCGGCAAGCUGGGCAUCGUGUCGGAGCCGAUUUUACAUCGUUGCAUCCAGCAGUUGCUGGAGAAGAAAAGGCGAGGGGGAUCCCGGGGGGACGCGGCGGAGGAUAUCGAAUGCCUCUGCCAGAUUAUGCGUACCUGCGGCCGUAUCCUUGACUCGGAUAAGGGCCGCGGACUCAUGGAUCAAUACUUCAAACGUAUGAACUCUCUGGCAGAGAGUAGGGAUCUUCCUCUACGCAUCAAAUUCAUGCUGCGUGAUGUGAUUGAGUUACGCCGUGAUGAUUGGAAACCGCGCAAGGCCACGAGCACCGAAGGCCCGAUGCCGAUUAAUCAGAUCCGCAACGACAACGAGGAGCCAUCGCGGGGAAACGGUUUCCAUAGAGGACGAGAGGAUCGCCUCGGUGCGGAGUUUUUACGAAAAAUGGGACGAGGCGGAUUAGACGUGGAAAUGAUGGGAAGUAUACCAUUGACUCCCUCCUCAUUCGGUAUGCCACCACCACCAUUCAGUCCGAAUGGAUUCGCAGGAACUCCUGGCGUUGGUUAUCGCCAUAAUCAACGUAAUCAGCCAGGAGGGGGCUACUAUCAAAACCAGAGUCGUCAUCAGAACAAUUACGAAGGAAAACGCAACCAACCUCAACAUAAUUUGCCGCAAAACUUUAACAACAGUAGCAAUAAAGAACAACUUCGAUUCAACAAGAACAAGAUGCUGAUCGGAGGACAUCCGGAAGAAGUAUCUCUAAGACCCUCGGCUAAUUCGAUGAUGUUCAAACAAACUAACAUCAACUUGAACCUACCUCUCAACAAUGAUUUGUUCCCAGGACGGGGCUCAGACAUGCCUCUCUUACGUACUACUGCUCUGAAGCCCAGCUCGCCUUUACUGCACAAAGAAACACCACCUGCUAUCGUGAUCAAACAAGGUCCUGUGGACAAACGGGAGAAGGCUAGGGACAGAAAGGACAAAGGACCAACACGAGAGGAAGUGUUGAAGAAAGUGAAUGCCUUAAUGGAUGACCUCGCGUCCCACACAAAUGUGCAGGACGCUCUGGCGGCUUUCAAAGAUCUUAAGAUACCCGAACGAUUUUUGCGUCACGCGAUCUGCACAGUGUAUGCGAACACAUUAGAUCGUGGAGACUCUGAACGCGAACUCGCUGCCAAACUCGUGGCUGAAUUGAAAAAAGAGAACUUGCUCACCCUGCAGCAAGUAAGCGAAGGAUGGAAGGAAUUAGUGGCCAGUAUUUCGGAGAAGGAGAGCACCGUGCCUUUGGUAGCGUCCCACGUUGCCUUCCUGACAGCUAAGGCCAUAGUGGACAAUUUAAUCCAAUUGACGGAUCUCGCCUCGGAAACAGAAAACGGUCGUCAUCAUCCGCUGUUCCUACUGACCCUACAGCAACUCCACAAGACCCAGGGCAAGGCGAGACUCACACAGAUCUUCAACGAGAGCAAGGUGGAUCUUAUUAGCCAACUGCCAGAAGCGGAGAAGACGAAAGAACGUUUGGGCGAGAUCUUGGAAGAUCGGGAAUUGACUUUCCUCUACCCUCUUCUCAGAAUCCAGGGUGAUAUGUGGCGUCAAUUAGAAGCUGAUCCGGCGCCUAACGCUCUUUACAAAUGGAUCAAGGAGAAGCUGGAUCCCCAACAUCAUUCUGAUCCCGCUUUCAUUAAUGCUAUGAUGAAUGUACUUUUCAAGUACAUCACCGGGGAGACAACAUUGGCGCCCAGUAUUGAUCCGACCGUAAAUCCAGACAAACAGCUGCAAGAGAAGGAAAGUGCGUUACUGCAGAAAUAUGCACGCUUCAUUCGCACAUUCCUGACUACCAUCGACUCCCAAGUUACGGCUCUUCAUGCGCUUCAAGUGUUCUGCUUCUCGCACAAUUUUCCAAAAGGGCUGCUGCUACGAUGGUUCGUAGCACUCUAUAACCUUGAAGUCAUCGAAGAGGAAGCAUACCACAAGUGGAGAGACACCGUUACUGAUGCUUAUCCGGGCAAGGGCAAGGCAUUGUUCCAGGUAAACUCCUGGUUAACUUGGCUUGCUGAGGCAUCAGAGGAAGAGGAGGAAGACGACGAGGAUGAGAAGAAUUAAUCGCAAGAGCCUCGAGAGCAUUAUUCAGACUAUCUAUGAUUUGGAAUAGAGUUUUACUAUCUAUAUCGCUGAACCACAGGAGGUGUUUCAGUUUUACUAAUUGAGUUAUCAUCAUCCAGAAUUGCAAACAUCUUGUUAGUUUGUCUCAAACCCUCACGCGUGGUUGGAAAAAAAAAAACGGACUUUACAAUCAUGUCUGGAAAGGAAUAAAAUAGGUGUAGGUCAACGAGUGGUAUACGACAGACGUUUCAAGCAAGACGUUUUAGAAUUUUUUUUUAGAUAAUUAAAUAUCGGUAUAAUUUAUAAAAUAUAAUAUUGGGCCCGCAGAUAUAAUCAAGAAAUCAUACUACGCCACUGUAUGGUUGGCGGUGCAGAAAGCAAAAAAAAAGAGAAAGAAAAAAGAAAAAAACACGAGAAAAUUAAUCUGGUCAUUCUUGUGUUGUUCGAGUUUUUGUCUAGUAUUGUGCAUGUGUCACGUUUUGUAAGUAUCCUUUUUGUUCGCGGCAAUAAGUGGAGUCGUUUGUUAUCUCUGUGUACCAAGCAUUACAUUUAUUACAAGGAAUUAUUAAUAUGAUUAUUACCGAUUAUUAAUAUUAUUAUUAUUAAUUAUACAUAAUUGAUUAUCAAUAACCGAAAUAUAUCUACAUCUUUCUAAUGAAGACGAAGGAAAGAAAAAGAAAAAAAAAAGUUAAUGUCGAAAUUAAUCGGAAGCAAAGGGCCGCGACUCGGUAGUAGUACGUAAACCGCAAACAGUGAAGCACUUUCUUUUCGAAGCAGGAACGAAAUCCUCAGAUCGCAGUUUAGAUACACCAAGUACGAGCGUUAUUACCGCUAAAUUAAUACGGAGACGAGGAAAAGUGAGAAACACCCGUGUUUGCCCGUGUAUCUACUUGCUGCGCCAUUUUUUGAUUUUAAUAAGUACUAAUUAAUUACAGUUAUAAUAACAACCAGCAGCCAACAUCACAUCCAUUUAACGUAAUAAUUAGCGAACACUAGUGACACGACACUAAACUCGUAUUUAAAAGGGAAAAAAAAACAGAAUAAAAUAUGCCUUGGUGUAAUUUAUUACAGAUGGCCCUCUGGUUGUUGCGUUGAUGACCGAUCACCACCACACCUCACCUCAUCACACAUCUCCCACCUUGUACAUGCAACGGUUUUUGAUACCUCGCUCGAUCAUUAAAGAGAUCAACGCGCGCGAAUUGAUCGAGACGAAUGAAUGGAGAACAGCUGUAUAUCUUCCCGCACUGAGUCGCCGAGUACGAUUAUUUUCAGACUGGCUCGAGACGCCAAUAAUUAAGAAAAAGCUCCGUACAAUAAUAUAUCACGUUGACUCUCGCGAUCGUUUACUCCUUUAAUUUCUUCGUUCGAAAUGGAGAUACCUAGCUCCCAUACUCUCAGCGCCUUUCUUUUAUGCUUCCGUAGUAAUCGACUAGUGUCCCUGUUGUCGAGUCUGUAAAAUUAGUAUGUAGAAAUUGAGUGACCGACGCCGAGAAAAUUUGGGUACGGUUUUGUUGUCGUUAUAAGAUAUUGUACAUAUGUAUUCCUGAUUGUUCCACGGUUUCCACGUAAUUUUAUCCCCGGGCCGAAGCGUUCUCUUCUCCGAAAAAGAAUAAAAAAAAUAAUAAAAGAUAUGUAGGUGAUCAGAGCGUCGGUCAGUUAAGACCACGGUUUUAAGACUGUAUCUCCGUUACUUCAUCCGAAUCUCACACCGUCAUGCAUCAUUCACGAGCCAGUUUUGACGACAGCACUCGGAUACACGCGCGUCGAAUGUGUUGAACCAGAAUUUUUUUCCUUCGCGACCGAAGCGGCGGUGUAACAAGUAGAUCGUAAUGCGACGACACUUUGUCGGCAGGGAUUGGCGAUAGGAAUGGUAUAGCGUAUUAUUCGCGACACGUCCCCGUUUCUACCUGACCCAAGGAAUAUUAAAUACCGCCUGGACCGAAUUUCCUUUCGUAGCGGUUUCGAGAAAGCGCACGCCGACCACGUCUUCACUGCGAGGGUCCUACGGGGACCGACCCGGUCGCUCCCCCUCGCACGCGAGAAUAAAAAAAAAAAUGUUUGUAACGCUAUUGUAAUACGUUAGCGGACAUUCGUAUAUUCGCUGUUCCUCGUCGACCAACGUUCGUGUCUAUUUGCCGAAUUACAACGCAUCUAUGCGAUUGCAUCUCGCUUCCGUUCCGCGAGCAACUGUAUGCGUGUGUGUAUGUACUUUGGACUUUGUGAAUUUACUCUCUCACGUAUGAUUGCAUAAUUACGACUCCUCUCGGUCGAACGUACGCAUACCGAUUGACCCAUGUGUAACAUCUCUCAGUAUUAUUUCGCGAAUAAUCGAACCACGUUACGUAGAAUCUUAGCGCGUCUUCGCCCUUUCCUUUCCGCUGGAUAUUAAAACCGAUUUAAAAAAAAAAAACGUAUCUUUUAUCUCUGUCAAUAAAAACUGUUCCUAGGACCAUCUA